AUGAUUACGGCUGGACUUGCGAGGCACUGGGAAGAACCUAAGAUGCAGUCGACCUACACCAAGAGAAUUUUUGAUCAACCUGCAGAGGGGGCACUGGUCUGCGGAACCUCACAAGAUUCACAGCACGCUGGUCCUAAGGCCGCCACUUAUCGGAUGCAAGACCCACGUCCCGACCUCCUGGGCCAGAACCCCCGUCACCAACGGCGCCACCGCGCCGCCGGAACUGCCCAGCGCCGACACGGCCGCCAACCCGCUCAUCUGCAGCCGCUUCGGGAUCAACGACGCGAACACGGCGGUCGCGGCGGGGUACACGGGCCCGAGCAGGAGGCCGACGACGGACACGGCGACGGCGUCGCCGACGGCGUUGGGCACGAGCCAGACGAGCAGCUGGAAGGCCGCGGCGCCGAGGACCAGGGCGACGACGGCGCGCUUCUCGCCGACGCGGUGGGCGGGGUGCGAGAGCAGGAAGCGGCCGAGGGUGAUGCCGGCCCAGAAGCCCGCGGUGACGUAGCCGACGCGGGCGGGGGAGGAGUGCCGGUAGGAGAUGAGGAAGGAGAUGACCCAGCCCGAGAUGCUGACCUCGGCGCCCUGGUAGCAGAAGAUGAAGAGGGCGCCCAGGACGGUGGUUUUGUGCGACCCAUGCAAGCAGCCCAGCGCGGUCGUCGCGUUGGCGAGGUUGGCUGA